AUGCUAUUCCUCUUCCUCUCCUAUCUCUUUCUCCCCUUCUCCCUCGCAUAUCCAUCAUUAUCGACACCAUCAUCCUCGGAAGACCCCAUCAAAGCCCUGUUCCUCUUCAAAGACGUCCUCUCCUCCAACACCACCGCAAUCACAACCACCGGUUUCAACACCCUCCUAAUCUUCAACGUCGAAGUCACAAACACCUCCGACCUCGUCUAUCCACGCCGCACAGGUGUCGGAGACGACAUAUCCACCCCUCUCGUCUCCAACGGAACCUACAUUUCCAACACCAACACCACCCUCCUAGCCUCCCAAAUCCGCUCCCUCAAAUCCCUCCCCAACUCCCAAAUCUCCCGCGUAGAAGUCACCCUCGUAUCUGGCUACCCGACCUUUGAAAAUAUCCGCGACGCCAUCAACCGCGAUGGAAUCUCCCCAGACACCACCCUCUAUCGAAAUUUCGCGGCGUUGAAAGAAGCCUGGGGUAUAGACGCCAUCAACAACGACGAUGAAGGCGUCUACGAUAUCCCCUCCACCAUCCUCUUUUCCCACAUGCUUGGAAAUAUGGGAUAUCAACUCUCCGGAGCACCCUACACCAACAUCACGUUUUGGAAAAACGUCACCCAGACUGUGAAUUCCCAGACGCCGGGAUUGUGGGAUCGCAUGUAUUUGCAAUGCUAUGAUGGUGGAAGCGGGAAUGAUCCUACUGAGUGGGAGGAAGGAGUGGGGAUGAAAACUGUGCCGUUGUUGUGGGUUACUAAUGAUGCGAAACCCGCCGAGGGCAAGACUCCUAUGGAAGCUGAGGUGGUGUUUGAGGGCUAUGAGAGGGAUGCUGUCGUCGGGGGAGGGUAUUGGAAUGAUUAUGAUAUUGAGAAAUUGGGAGGGAGUUAUGAAGAGUACGAGGGAGUUCUAGAAAAGGUUUUUGGGUGA